CAAUUUCGCUGUUAUCAGUAUCACUUGAAAAUUCAUUUUGCCGGAGAGUAUUUUUUCAAGUUCAAUGAUGUUGAAAAUUGUACCAUGUCGUUGCUCUGAUUUCACACUUUCGCUGUAAUUUACACAAUUCAAAUCAUGAACAUCUAAAUGCUAAUCAAAUAGGUAAUAUCUCAAAAUCAAGAUGCCCUGGACAGAUUUCCUAGAUAAUUUGAAGGACAAUCAGUUCUUCGGUGCCGGAUUCGCUCUUGUUGGAGUAGGAGUAGUAGGAGCAGCAGCUAGAAAAGGAAUGAUAUACGCAUCGGCAGCUUUCCAGAGACGGUAUAUUACCACUUUGGAAGUUCCAUGUCGUGAUAAAAGUUAUCAAUGGAUAUUACAAUGGAUUACGAAGAAAGGUGCUCGAGAAACACAACACCUUAGUGUCGAAACCAGCUUCGAACAAUUAGAUAAUGGACUCGCGAAAACGAAAUAUGAUCUGAUUCCAAGCGUCGGAAGGCACUGGUUCAGACAUGGUGCCAGAUGGAUACUGGUAGAACGAGACAGACAGCAAACGAUGGACCUGACUAUGGGUAUGCCAUUUGAAUCGGUUAAGUUGUCAACGAUUGGCAGAAAUAAACAAAUUUUACUCAAUAUUUUGGAAGAAGCUCGACACGAAGCUCUGACAGAAACCGAAGGCAAAACCAUCUUGUAUACUGCUGUUGGACCUGAAUGGAGACCAUUCGGUCCUCCUCAUAAAAUUCGUCCUCUAUCCAGUGUCGUUUUAGACGAAGGAGUAUCGAAUAAGAUUUUGAGAGAUAUUAAUGAAUUUAUCGAUAAACCAUCGUGGUAUUUCGAUCGAGGUAUCCCUUAUCGAAGAGGGUAUUUACUACAUGGGCCGCCUGGUUGUGGUAAAUCCUCGUUUAUUAAAGCCCUGGCUGGCGAACUAUCCCGAGGAAUUUGUGUUCUAAAUUUAAGUGAACGUGGGCUAUCCGACGAUAGACUGAACCAUUUGCUCGUUUCGGCGCCUCAAAAUAGCAUAAUUUUAUUAGAGGACGUAGAUGGUGCAUUUCCGAAUAGAGUAGAGAGCCCGCAAAUGCAAACUGCCUACGAAGGAUUGAGUCGACUUACUAUGAGUGGAUUACUUAAUAGUUUAGAUGGCGUUGCAUCAGCCGAAGGACGAAUUCUGUUUAUGACAACUAAUCAUCCUGAAAGAUUGGACGCAGCUCUUAUUCGGCCUGGUCGCGUAGAUCUUAAGCAAUACGUCGGAUACUGUACAGAAUAUCAAAUUAUGAAGAUGUACGAAAAUUUCUAUCAAGAUUCUGGUUCAAAUGCGAAAAAAUUUGCUCAAGAGGUUACUAAACAUAAACGAAACACUAGUCCCGCUGAAUUGCAAGGAUUUUUCAUGCUGUAUAAAGAAGGAGACUUGAAAGCUUUACUUGAAAAUGUGCCUUAUAUUUGGGAAGAACGAAAAAGCGAACAAAUAGAAAGUAACGUUGAAAUUGAUUCUAAAAAAAGUUAACGUAGCUAAUUUAUGUGGUUGUUGUUAAAUUUUUAUUUAAUUGUAAUUUGUUGAACAUAUUUAUUUUAUUUUUUAAAUAUUGAUGAUAAAGUUCUGCUCAAAUUAUCUUCUACCUAAUUAUUUGUUUCAUCAUGUUCCUUUGAGUUGCGAUAGAAUCGAAAUGAGCAGUACAAUACAGUUCGGCGUGUUUUAAUGUUUUUAUUACAUUUUUGUUAUUUACAAAGAAGAGAAUGAAGAAAUUUGAUGGUUCUUGAAAAAUGGAACAUGUAAAAAUAUCAAUGAUUAAGAACAAAGAUACCUAGCCUUACUAGCUGUACAUGGCACUCUAUAAAAUAAAUAAAUUUAUUUUAUUUUUUGAAAGUUGAAUUUUGAAGAAAAAAAAAUAGUUGGUCUCAAACUCGAUCUUAAUUUCUCUUACCUGUAUCAAAAUUUUCAAAAUUCUGAAACAACGUAAUUUUUCAGUGUUUAACAACAAUUUUUCUUUUUUUUUAACGAAAUGGAAAAUUUGAAAAUUUGGUCAACAACGCUCAAUUUGAACAGGUUUUUUAAAAAUAAAUCAGAUGAUUAUUUUGUAAAAUGAGCUGUCAAACUUUUUCUAAAAAUUCUCGGAAUUGUAUCUCCUCCCCUCCUCCUCAUUAUUCCCAUCGUACCUAGUUCUUUUUUUCUUUUUUAAAGGAAUUUGCUUCCGUUUGGUGGAAAACUCCAAUUUAGUUCAACAAUGCGCAAUAUUAUAUUGACAAUGUCAAAAGUACAUCGUGUUUAAACCAAUACCUACGUACACAUAGAAUCAUUAUCCUGAAAAAGCGAUUAAAAUUAUCGCUUCCUUUAUGUAUUUUCUUCGCUUUUUGUCAACGAUAAGGACACCUUAACCGUGAAAAUUCAAUCACUAUACAUAAACUUUUGAAAUAUUGUCAAACGCUGUUGUUUCAAGAUGAAUCGUGUAGUAUUUUUAUUAUUGUUCUGUUGUUUAUUUGCGGCCAUGAAUGCUGCACCACCUGAAAUUGUCAAUGUGACAUACUUGACUUAUAAUUUACCCCAAAAUUUCAAGUUGUCCGAAUUACCUGUGAGCUUGAAGAUUUAUUUUAAUACAACUGCGAAUGGUACAUUGAAGAUUUCGCCGACCGGAGAUGAGAAAAUCUUGGAAUUGGAUGACAGUGUAUGAUUUUCUUGUUGUUAAUUAUUUUUAAUGCUUCUUGAUUCUUUUUCGACUAAAUAAAUCUUAUAUUUAUUUCA